AUGGUUUUUCGAAAAGUGAUGAACCCAAUUCUUGUACUCUCUUUUUUGGUGUCUUUGUCCAAUGCUGUCAUUGAAGUAGACGUCUCAAAUGUUUCCAUCAAUUUCAAUAACCAAAUCAACAAUUAUGUGAGCUGUUACGGUGUAGAUAUCGAUUUUUAUCUAGUGCUAUCGACAUCGAAUUUCUCUCAAGAAAAUCCUUACUAUAUUAGACAACAAGAUGCGACGAAAUACAGCAUAUCCGUAUCAGGGACCAGCUCAUUUUUGGUGAAAUCUCCAACGGAUUUCCUCUCUUUAACUGGAAUUAUACAAAUGAGAUGUUCCAAUGGUCAAAAUGCGUCUGACUCUUUUCUCAUACAAACUCAAACUACUAACCAACCGGAUAGAAACAAUCAGAAUGUUGCAAUUCAAGUGACCUCAAAUUCUUACCAAUGGACCCUCACCGCGACAAUUAACCGAAAGUGCAAUGGAGCGAACGAGUAUGGAUUUAAUUGUAACGAACAAUGCUCGACUGUUAAUGACGAUUAUUAUUGCUAUACAUGUGGUACAAACGGACAGAAGACGUGUUGUCCGACUUCUGAUGUUAAUCCAGGUAAUUUAAAAGAGCCUCGAUUUUCAAACAUAUUCGUUCCAGAUGAUUGUUCAUAUUAUAAUCAUCCAAUUUCCACGACAUGGUCUCCGAAUACACAAUGCUCAGCGUCUGCCGAAAACACUUAUUUCUGGUUAAUGAUCUCAUUUGCCAUUAUCAUGGCAAUUCUGGCCAUCUUCCUUCUACUGGCGUUGCUUGAACUAUGCUGUGGACUAUUCACGAAGAGAACCGCUAAAGGAAGCGAGGAUGGCGAUUGGAUAGUGUCACAAGAGCCAAAAGCAAAUCGUGAGCUUUAUGACGCCGACAUAAAUCGCCAUCAUCAGUAUAGAAGAAGACAGGAGGAAUCGAGAACGACGUCAGAACAAGACGAAAGGGAUCGACGAUCCCCGUAUAUUGUUAGUAGACAAGGAAUGGAGAAUCAAUCUUAUGAUGAUGAAGUUCUCCGAAACGAAUGGCAAGAACCUCAACCGAGACGGAUUGCUCGAGUGUGA